CUCGCGCUGAUACUAGUUGCGCCAGCCAGUUGCUACUCGCUAGACAGUUUUGGAGUGAACGCGUUUGUGUUCGGUCCGUCCGAGCCCGUCGGUGAAUGCGCGUUUGUGACGUUGUCGAGAAUAAUAAAAACGUACACUCCGAUAUCAGCGUACUUACAAUAGACAAAAUUAAUAUUCGUUAGAAACGUGACCGAGUAGUCGAUAGUAAAAUAAAUGGUAUAGAACUAAAUUAUAACCUCGGCGACUGCAGGUGAAAAACGGACGUUGUGGAAGAAGGCGUUUUUGUUAUUGUUGGUUGUUGUUGUUGUUGUUGUUAUUAUUAUUGUUAUUCUUGUUGAUAUUUUAUCGUAAUUAUUGCUGCCACCAAUUUUACAUAAUUCGAUCUAAUAACAUACUCCUCCGUGGCCGGUAUACCUGUGCAUCGGAAACACCAUACACCUUGAUGUGCACCAGAGGCGGCUGCAGCUGAUCGACUUAACACGACCUGCGCCGCACCGAAGACGUCAGUAUGUCCGGCUUACAGCAGCAGCAACAGGAACAGCACCAACAGGUCAGCAUCAAAAUGGAACCGACGGGACCGAGCAGCCCUACGCCGGCCGUCAACAGCAACCUGGUAGUCCGGGUGGACCAGAACUCGGAAACAGACUUACAGGCGCUGUUCGACACGGUUCUGAAGCCGGAUGGCAAAAAGCCGCUCCAGUUACCUUUACGCAUGCGACAGCUGCCCAAGUCGUUCUUCACCCCUCCAUCGUCGGGCUCCAAGUCGCCGUCCAUAUCGCACAGCCGUGAAAAUUCGGGUGACUCGGCGUUCGGCACUAAUGUGGGACCGUCGUGUUCGGGCCCGGUUCCAUUACACUCUCGCGCGCACAGCUCGCCAGCCUCGUUGCAGCAGACGUACGCCGUCGGAGCGGCCAAGCAGCAGCAACAGCACGCCAAGCAGCGCAGCUACGACGUGUCCAGUGCCAUCGACGAGUUGGGUCCACUGCCACAAGGAUGGGAACAGGCCCGGACGCCCGAGGGACAGAUUUACUAUUUGAAUCACCUCACCAGAACGACUCAAUGGGAAGAUCCAAGAAAGAGCUUGGCUGCUCAGGCGGCGAACCAACACCAGCGCAGCGCCGAACAACUGCUAAGUCCCGGCAACGACAGUGGAUCGAGCACAAACGCUACCAGCACUCCUACGAACUCGCCUCCGCACAUUCAUUCAACCCUCCAAGGAGCGAACAAAAACGUGACACUAGGACCGCUGCCCGACGGAUGGGAACAAGCCGUCACCGGUGACGGCGAGACUUACUUCAUAAACCACAUUGCCAGGACCACGUCGUGGUUCGAUCCGAGAAUACCCGUUCAUUUACAAAGAGCGCCAACGUCGGGCGCCGUGCUGCCUUCCGGUUCUGCGUCGUGGCUGUUAAACGGCGCUUCCGGUCUGUCGCAGUCGCUCCAAGUCACCCAGCAAAAGCUCAGGUUACAUUCACUUCAGUUAGAGCGCGAACGUCUGAAGAGUCGCCAACAGGAAAUCAUUCGUCAGCAAGAUCUGAUGUUGCGAUCGGGUCAGACGAACAACGACCUCGACCCGUUCCUAUCGUGCAGCAGCAGUAGCGUAGAUCAUUCGCGGCAAGAAUCGGCCGACAGUGGCUUGGGCCUGGGAAACAACUACUCGCUGCCGCACACUCCCGAAGACUUUUUGUCGUCAAACAUGGACGACAACAUGGACUGUACUUCAGAGAGCGAUAAUCCGGGUCCUUCGUCCGACAUGUCGGUAGUCGAUCCACAGGAAAUGUCCACGUUGGAUGUCACCGACGACUUAGUCCCGUCGCUUCAAUUAGGGGACGAAUUUGGUAACGACAUACUGGACGAAGUACAAUUGUUGAUCGACCCGAACAAUAAACCAGGAUCGAUUUUGACUUGGCUUUAAAAACGUCUCGCACAUUAACUGUUUUUAUAAGUUUUUUUUUUUUUUUAAUGUCACCCUCAUUAAGAAGUUUAAAAAUGAUACAUGAAUAUAUAUUUAUUUAUGUAUGUGUGUGUGUGUGUGUGUGUGUGUGUGUGUGUGUGUGUGUGUGUGUAUGUGUGGACAAGAUAUGUUUGUCAUAUUAACCUAGUCUAAAAAUUAUGGACCUAUGUAUGUGUGUCGUAUGACGUGUGAAAAUUGAUAUAUGACGUUACACUAUAUUAUUAUAUUAAUAUAAUAUACAGCAUAUCGCUCCGGCACGGCGGUGUUUUAGCGCGUAUGUCACGUAACCGAUUAUCGAUUGUUCCGAUUUAGGUUUAUAUAGAUUGUAAUAAAUAUUAUUGUUAUCAAAAACCAAUGCGCGUAAGCACCGGUAAAUCGGAUUAUUUAAUAAAAACAAAACUAGUUGUAGAUUGAAAUUUUAAUUUCGAAACGUCGUCGUGGUUGAAAGCACCGCCGCUCCAUCCCCAUGCGAAAUAAGCAUUUAAACGAAUUAUUUUAUCACCUCGGGGUUUAUAAUAACGAAAGUUUCAGUACAUUUUUAUUUUCAUUUACUGCCAAAAUUGAAAGUGUUAGAUUUUACAGGGUAUAUGUUAUUUUUUUUAGUUCAAAUAUACAUAAUAUAAGGCAGUAUACUGCAUAUAUUGAACAUUUGUAUUCAGUGCUUGAGUUGGAAAAAAAAUUAGAAGGCGGAUGCAAAGUGUAAAGAAAAAUGUGCGUACCUAAAUGUUUUAUUGAUUAUAAAUUAAAAUUAUAAGGGUAUCCAUAAAUAUUUUUUAAAAAGAACAGCCCCUCCCUCAAUUCGAGCACUGUUUGUAUUUAUGAAUUAUCUUUUCACUUUACAUAUAUUAUACUCAUGCAAGGUAAUUAUUUUAGUGUGAAUUUGUCAACAUCUCUAGAAAAGUAGGCACAACAUUACUGCUGCAGGUACUUCACACAAGUCUCUUAAACGUUCAACCGUAUUCCUACAUUUUCAGUGUCCAUAUAAGCUUUUAUAACUGGCAAAUGGUAACAUAUAAAAUACUCGACUCCAUCAUCCGUCUAUAAUUUUUACCGAACUUAUGUUACUAUAAUUUACAUGCCCAUAGAUUAAAUACAAAUACAUUGAAAUUGACAUUUUUAGAUCCAUAUUGAAUGAUUUACGUUAAAAUAAUUACCCUGCGUCUAUACGUGUAUGUUUAUAAAUAAUUUUUUUCAUUUAAAUCACUGUGACAAAUUGUGUGUGUGCGUGUGUGUGUGUGUGUGUGUGUGUGUGUGUGUGUGUAUUUGCGUUUAGAUAACGCCAAUUAUUAUUAAGAUAAGAUUUAUUCGUACUGAUCAAAACAACGAGUGCCUUAAAAAACUUAAGCAAUAUUUAUGUAACCGUCCUUAUUUGUUGAAUAUAUGUUGAAUGCGCGGAAACGUUUUAUUUAUCUUGUUGACAGUAUUAAGUUUAUAUUAUUAUGUAUUUUUGUUCUCAUGAUAAAUUUUUAAAUUAUAGAGUUGAAAAUGACAAUCGUACUUAAGUCCUCGCUACGAGCGUAUUCAUCCACCUAGAGUGGAGCGCCAUUCGGAAGCGAGUUAUCACCCCCUCCCCUGGCCACCUUCACUUUUACAAUAGCACACUUAAAUUUGUUCGUAUAAAAUUUAUUCUCGUGCUUCAUGAAUCAUAUUGUAAUAGUGUAGCUGUUUAGGUAGGAAAUGAUGUUAUUAUUACGAUUAAACUGUAAAUAAUAAUAUUAAUUAUAAAAAUAAUUAUAAUAAGAUUGAAAAAACAACAACAAAAACUGUCAUCAGGCAUGGGCUAGAUGUGAAGUUGUUGUUAAUAAUAUAAUUUUGUAUGGUUAUAGAUAUAUAGUAUAUAUAAACAUUUAUUCAAAUAUUACGUUUAGUUAAAUUUGCUCAACUGUGAAGUUGGAAUAUUAUUUCGAUUAUCUAUAUUAAAGCUGUACUUCUUUUACGUGUUAAGUUUAAAUUAAUUGUACAUUAUUCAUGAUGUAUUUCAAAAAUCUAUAAUUAAGUGAUAAUGUAAGUAAAAAAAAAAAAAUAGUGCUUUGGAAUUAUAUACUUAGUUGAUUAUUAAUAUUGUUCUUUUGACAUUGUUUAAAUGAAAUGAAUUAUUGUAGGUGUUUUUUACUAACUCUAAAAUUUACGUUUUAAUUUUAAAACAUUUAUUAAUAAUAUUAAGACUGUUUGUUCUUUAUAUAAAUUAUUAUAUCGAUUGUGUCGUAUAUUAUGUACAUUUAUUAUUAGUAGUUGUAAAAUUGUAUGUAAAUGUGUGUGCAAUCCAGCUCUAUAUUUAUCGAAUUAAAAAAAAAAAUCCGGAGGCGAUGAGG